CCACCACCACCACCACUACCACUACUACUAAUACUACUGUUAUUGAUCAGUAGCGUACUUUCAUCUCAUCAUGGCCAUUCGUACUCAGUUUGAAAACUCGUCGGACGUGGGCGUCUUCUCCAUUCUCACAAACUCGUACUGUGUGGUGCCCAUCGGAGGAUCAGAGAACUUUUACUCCACCUUUGAGGCUGAGCUUGUGGAUACAGAGCCUGAAGUGCCUGUCAUCCAUGCUUCCAUCGCUGGUUGCAGAGUUCUUGGCUCGCUGGCUGUCGGCAACUCGCGUGGUCUGCUCGUUCCCUCCACCACUACCGAUCAAGAGCUUCAGCAUCUGAGGAACUCCCUUCCUGACAAGGUCGUCGUCCAGCGCGUUGAGGAGCGUCUCUCGGCUCUGGGUAACUGUGUCGCCUGCAACGAUUAUGUUGCUCUCGUUCACCCCGAGAUGGAUCGCGAGACCGAGGAGAUCAUCCAUGACGUCCUUGGCGUCGACAUCUUCCGGGAGACCGUCGCCGGCUCGGCCCUCGUCGGCACCUACGCCACCUUUUCCAACAACGGUGGUCUUGUCCACCCGCACGUCACCGUUGAGGAGAUGGACCAGCUCGCCUCGCUCUUCCAGGUUCCCAUCACCGCCGGUACCGUCAACCGCGGUUCCGACAUGAUCGGCGCCGGCGUCGUCGUCAACGACUGGAUUGCCUUUGCCGGCAUCGACACCACCGCUCCUGAGAUCUCCGUCAUCGACGACAUCUUCAAGCUCCAGGGCACUGCCCCGUCGUCCAUGAUCGAGGAGAUGCGCGGUGCGCUCAUCGACUCGCUCGCUUAACCUCUCCUCCCCGCUGGUGGAUCGCGCUCGUAAACGUGCACAGCCUUUUACA